CCCUCAACCUCCUGCCCCUGCCCUGCCCUGUCCCGGUUCAGUCGCAGUCGGGUUGUAAGGCAGGACACACAGGCAGCGGAGUAAGCGAAGAGGAGGACCGGCAGGAACGACAGACCUCCCCGUCAGAGGAGGCCGAGUGACAGGAGGACACCUCGCCGUCGUCAAGAGGGUCGCCGCCAUGGGUACCAUGGGCCCGGUGCUGGCCGCGUGUCCGCCCUCGGUCGGCCCCGCGGACGCGCUGCUGCAGGGCUACCGCCACUGCCUGCGCGAGGCGCUGCGCCACCUGGUGGAGCACGAGAACACGCCGACGGCGGACCCGCGCGUGCUCGCGCUCACCACGCACCUGGCCCGGAGGCAGGCCGCGCUCGAGCUGGACGAGGAGCUGCGGCGGCGGCAGCUCGAGCAGUUAGAGCAGCAGCACCUGCGCCGCCGGCUCCUAGACCACUACUUCCGGGGCGUCGACCUGCACUGCAUGGCCUCCCCCGGCGCGAGGUAGUGCUCCGGACGCGCCUACCGCGGCGGGACCAACGCGGUGGCGCCCGGCGAGGGCCGAGGGCAGGGCGGGCGCCUCGGCCAGCGCGCCACCGGACCCAAGUGUGUCUGUGAUGGAGUGAGAGAGGAGGAGAGGAGGAGUGAGUGUCUGUGGUCGGGGAGAUGCAAUAAGUGAGAGUCACAAGUCGUGUCAGGUGCCAAAGCGGACCGGUGAUGUGAUUUCAUUUGGGGUUUAAUGCGUGACGCUGUGAUAAAAUGCAGAUGCUACAUUCAAUUAACCAUCAUUCAAUCCUUUCAGCAUUUAAAUGUAAAACUUAAUUUUAAGCGCAAAACGUCAGAACAGGUUUGCAAACGUUUUUUAUUUUGUGAUCUGCAAAAAUAUGGUCGACAGACGCUUACUAUUAUUGCCCAUGAGAUGUUAAAAAAGGCAGGAGAAAUAUUUGCCUGUUUACUAUGAAGCAUGCAGGGGACCUUGACCAUAACUUUCGUCUAGUGCUUGCUUAAUUGAAUGUAGCUAGAGCGUUGGGAGGGGGAGGGUGGGAACAAUGGGCGUUCUUUCUUGCUGUCCUCGACGUCAGAAGAUGAGCGAGGAAUGGACAGUGUAAGUUAUGCUCUUGCAGCAGUACAAGGCUUACCAAGAGCGUUUUGUGAUCGUGGGUUGCUCGCAAGUCUGCAAAGGAGCUUCUACUGUCAUGUACAUAGAUUAUCAUUAUAUAUACUACAUAUUAUAGGUCUAUCGAUAAAUAUUUCUCCCUGCAUAUUUUAUAGCGGGAAUGAGUAUGUACAUUGUGCAAUAUUGUGUUCCAGCAGAUGCCAAAAAUAGCUACUGAGAUACCAUUUCCGCAUUCUCUGCCAUGUUUUACAAUGAUUCAGUUGCCGGGAGCGUCAGUGAAUAAUCUGCCGAGCUUUUGGAACAUCGCGAAACCGCCGAGACUUAAGCCUUAUCAUUCGUGCCUUGAUGUAAACUUUAUUAGGAAGUUGCACCACUCCGACCAGGCCGCGCAGGGUCCGGGCGGCCAGUCACUCUGCACGUCGGAGUGGUGCACCAGUACUUGCUCAUUUUAAUCGUCUUAAAUCAUUAGCCGUUAGUUCUCAGACCAACUAAAAUCAGCAAACAUUUUAUACUCUACAAAGAAAGGGGUGGGCGAGCCACGCCUGCCCGAAUGCAAGUCAAUCUUAUCCGCUCGCCCACCCUCCUAUAUGAUUAUAAACGCCUUCGUCUGAUGUCAGUGCCUUUGAAGUGGUCGUUUCGUUCACCACUUUUUAAAGACUUAACGCCCUCCUCCUCCUUCAAAAAAAUAUCCCCCUCGUUUCCACCUAAAGGGACUGCGGUCGUUGUGUCCGCAGUCCGAAUUCUGAAUCGAGCCGCGUUCUCCGCGCGAGAACAUGGCUGCGAUCCCUCUCCUCUCCCCUUCCCUUACAUAUGGUAUUCAAGGUUCGUGCCUUUCCAGAGUACUGUCACUCAUUCACCCUCGUCAAAGAGAGUGCCUUUUAGCGACCGGGCCGGCCGGCCGCCACAGCCACAGCCACACUUAUUUUAUAGACGCAGUAGGUUCGGUAGGAAAGGAUUGCCCUUUUUGCGCCACGAAGAGAAGUUUUGUUUUGUUUUACUCCUGAUACAUAAUCCAGAGAGCUCACUAACUAAUUAUAGUCGCGAUAGGCAAGGGGCGUGUGCCGCCAUUAGCGAUGGUUUCUAGACUAGCCGUCAAAGUAAAUGUCGUCAUAUCAUUUUACUCUCCAGUGCCUUAAGUCCAGCCGAAAGGGCCGAACGGACACUUCAUUCUUGAUAAGCUUUAUCUAAAGAGAAAAAAAAAUGGAAGCUCAAAUUUGGUUGAGAUUUAUAUCAACAAUAACAUGGUAUAACUUUGAGUCUCAUUCGUUUGCGCGGCCGUCCAAAAGCAAGGCAGAUUUGUUUACAACACAGUAGGACAGGACAUAUGGACAAUUCAUGGACAAUUUUCUGAUAACGAGAACACCUUAUUAUUUGUUCAAAAGCUUACUUAUACUCGGGCUCUAUUCUUUGCAUUCUGACUGGACACUCUUUUGUUGCUGUAUGUUGUUAAGUGCGUGUUUUCGUUUAUUAUAAAGUUUAAUCAUCAAUUCAUCUAAAGUUAAAGAAUGCAUAAUAUAUCGCACCGGACAAAUCUUUCCCUGUAAUGAAUUUUAGUGUAGUGUUGUAUGGUCUGUAGAGGGAAAUUGUUGAAAUUUUGCAUUUAACCAAAGACUUUUUUUUCUUUUCGAUAUCAAGUGUUUUCAAAGAAUUUCGUUGUACUGCCAUCUUGUGAGAAAAGGAAAGAAUUUUGUUUCAUUUGAUACCAAACCCGUACUGAAAAGGUAACCAGGUGACUGUCAAUUAAUCUAGUCAAGAGUCAAGACCUUAGGAAUCUGAACCCAUCUAGUCAUUAUCAUGCCAGCUUGAUCAUGGCAACAAUUUUUAUUGUAUCAACAAAUUGUAUUAUAAUAUAGAGUUCCAAAAUGUUUAAAUAAAUCAUGUCAGAAACAUA